CUUUGCACGCAUGCGCGGAAGCGUCGCUACUUGCCCUAGUCUUCAUUACGCAUCAAACUGAGCCGGAUGCUGGUCUGAGGCACAUGCCGGCGCUUCGUGGGCUUCGUGCUCGAAGCACAGGAGCAUAACUGGAAGCAUGCAGGGUGCUGAAGAGCUCGGGAAAGCUAAGCGCACCCGGAAGCGGUCUACCUCAGCCGGUGAGCCACCGAAGAAGAGCGUGAAAGGAAGCGAUGAUCAUGUGCCGUGUGCCGGUGAGGACAGCCAGGCAGCAGCAGCAAAGUUGAACUCUUGGUUUGGGACUUUGCGAGCUCGCCUAAAGGAGGAGCUGCCACAGGAGGGUGCUGGUGGCCUUGGAAAUCAAGGCUAUGCCAAUCGCAGCGCGUCCGCACGCAAGAGAAGUGCCACGACGACCCUUGGUCGUCGCAGAAAUAACUCUUGGCCGAGCUCAAGCAUCAUCGAGACUGAUAACGAAGGGGAUUAUGCAAGCACUCAUGCUGACACACGAAGGUCGUUUGAGGAGCAAACAGUGGCUGAUGGCCCCGCAAGGCGACCCACUGUUAUUAAGUUUGCAAGGCGUGCACCCAAAAGCGGAGGUCAAUGUACGCGCCAAUCUUCCGUCCACGACAAUGCUGGUAGGGUGGUCAGAACUCCCUCUUCCGAAGCCACAUCGAAGGCGCAGGUUCCGGUGCAAGAAGCCACCAGACCCACUUCCGUUGAACAAGAUUGUCCUGUGUUCAAAAGUUCCGGUGAACCAAGCGCGCUGGACGCCGCUCUGAACGAGCGCCUUCAGCAUUUUCGUGCCCGCUGGCGUGCUGCGCAGCAGAUUCUGGACGACAUUGGUGCUCGGUUUGCCACUACCAGGCGCCCCAUACCCCUGCCUGCCAUCGUGGCUUAUAGGCAAUGGCCGUGGUGGCAUAUGGGACGAUGGCAUGGGAGAGCUGCUUCAGAAUCUUCGAAACGCGACACGCCUCGCCAACCCCGGGAACCAGACUCCGAGCCUCAGAGACCCGCGGAGGAGCACGCGGUUCCUCCCACGUCGUUUGACGAGGAGUUCAAGCGCCCCUACCCGGUGUCUAGUGGGCUGUCGCGACGCCGCACUGCGACGGCGGAGGCGGACGAGCGCGCUGAAAGCUCUACGAGUGCGACGGAUUCCUCAGAUGAGACAGAAAGUCACGACAGUCAAUGGUCUUCGGAAGAAGAGGCUUUCUGUUCGCCUUACCUGGCCUCCUUGUCCAAGUUUCUGCACCUACACCAGCCGGCUAUUUUUCCACAUGUCGAGAGCUUCGCACGCUCUGUGCUCGACGUGCGUCGCACCAUCUCCGACGAGCCGGAGGAAGUGCUGGACGCCUUGUGCACUCAAAGCAAGCAAGCAUAUUGCUGGCUCCUGGCUUACCAGGUUAGCCUGAAUCGAUCGAUUGCCCCUUACGGCGUUGAAGUUGUCCAGGUGCAGCCGGGAUCCUACACCCUGCGCCACCUCGGCGGCACAUUUCCCAAGCAGGCCACUGCAGAGUCGAUCCGCCAGAAAGCGCGAGGAAUGUUCAUAGAUAAUGAACAGUUUACCCUGGAGCGAGAAUGUCUGGUCACGUGGAUGUUGCGAGUGCAUUGCUGCAUUCGGCGGCUGCACCUUGACCUGACUGCGGUGGCAGAGUCGCCCGGUGAGUUCUGCCGACGGUUUCGACUGCGCGAAUGCUACAGAGCCAUCGAACUUGGUGUCAGCGGAAGAGCGUCACCCAGAGGCCGCUUCUUUUUCCCCUUCCUUGGUCGCGUGACCUACCUCACCGAGCUGUCGCUCUUCGGGCUGCAACUGCUCCACCCGGAUGACAACUUCCGCCUCGCCGCUCUCGUCGCAUCUAAUGUGUUGCUCAGGAAGCUCUCCUUGAGGCGGUGCCACAUAGCCGACAGCAACUUGGCCGGACUGAUCGAUGCGGCUAUGGGUCUACCUUUCCUAGAAUAUUUCUCGCUUUCUCUGCGCAACGCUGGAUUAUGGUUCAAACGAAGCCAACAGCUGGCGCUGCUGCUGGCAAGCGCUGGCUGUAAGCGACUAAGACGAGUUCAACUCCGAGUUGCCUGCGACCUGAAGCCAAUCUUGGAGCACCUAAGUGAAAACAAAAACGUCGUUGAAGUUAAGAUUAGUCAAGAGCUUGCCACUCCUUCCGAGCUCGUGAAACUCUGCGACCUAGCCGAAGUCAACACUUCUCUGAGGCGCCUUGUUCUUUCUGUGGACCUGGAGUCAGCCCUUCCCAGCCGCUACUACCAAUUUAUACUGGCCAAGUUCAUAGAAAACGCGAAAAUGGGGUUUUUAAUGCUGGAAAAUUCUUUCUUCACGACACGAGGUGCUAAAGCAAUUGCAGGAGGUCUGAAGAAAAAUGGCAUUCAGGAACGAGCGCGCCCCCCUUUCGAAGAACUUCCUGCUAUGAAAGACAAGUCUGAAUCACGGUUCCUAAAGGCGCUCUACCUCAGAAGUUACAACUUUACUUGCGAGCACCUGAGUAUUCUUGUGGAAGCACUAAAUGCCAACGACACCCUCGAAGUGCUUGAUGUGGGACAAGUUCGGGCUUCGCCAUCCGUCAGUCACACAGACGUGACGCAGAAAAUCAUCGAUGACGCCAUCUGGCAGCAUCAGCGGAAAACUAUUUUCCAGAAAAACUGCUCUGCGCCUAUUGUACGUGUCAACAAAGUGCACUAUGCGGAAGAGAUCCCGCUUCUGACCUCCGCCAUUCGCAAGGACGUAACAUUCCGCAAGUUGAAUCUCGCAUUUUGCGAUGUUCCCAGAGAUUCCUUAGAAGCUCGCUCCCUCCAGUUCAGCUACUUUAUCGCCGUGCUACCCUUUUUUCGAGCAUCGGACGCGCUCCAGUCAUUGGAGAUAGACGUGCGUUUGCCCGGGAUCCGUACCCACAGCUUUCUGGGACUGUCUCUGCUCGCUGCCACCAGCAAAACCCUGACUGAACUGAGCAUCAGUUUGGCGGACACGUGCUGCGAAUUCACCUCCGUCCUACUAUUCCAAGGUCUCGCCUCGAGCGUUUCGAUUCGCUCUCUCACGAUGGGCGGCUGGGGACUGAACCAUCCGGCGUUAGUCUGGUUCUGGUAUUUCAGCCGCAUGAACCAGACCCUCCAGAAGCUCCACAUUCACGUUACCAGUGCGCAAGGCGAAGAAAGCGAAAGCCUUGUGAAAUGCCUGCCCAGUAUUAUCAAGGAAUGUCGCUGGAUCGUAGACUUCAGACUAACGCAGGGAAUGCUGAAAGAGCCAAUCGUCAUUCCCGAAGUGCUCGCUCUUGUCAGGAAGAACCAGAAACUGGAACCUGUAGCAGUUGUACAGACCAUAACGGCUGCCACGGCACCCCGCCUGGUCAUGCGGGCUUUUGACGAGAAGCUAACGGUAGACCUAGGUGUUAGACUCCGUCGUUCGUUGGACAUGUCAGGAUUUAAGGAGGCCCUCCUGGAACGGACAAACUGGUACACGGAGAAGAUUGACAAAGUGAUAAAGUUCACCAAGGGCUUGAUUUCUCACACUUUGGGCCACCGUGCUAAAGUUCAACGCCGAGGCAGCGCAUUGGGGCCCAAUGUGGAGGGAAAGGACCGGUGCACGCUUGGGGAACUGGACGAAGUCACUCAGGAACGGAUUUUUAAAAGCCUCAAAAUUCCCGACGCUUCUGCAUGGCAUUGCUCAGAUAUCAAUGCCGCUGAAUACGAAAUGCGUCUCUCCGAGGUGAGCCAUGCCGUCAGGACCAUUUACGACGAAGAGCACCAAUAUUAUGCCUCCGCCUGCAACGAACUGCAAGAAUUCAUUAGAGGUUUUAGCAUAUAAUGUCGCUUUGAAAGCCCCGUCGGCUUCCUUAUUGGGUCCAUCAGCGACGACUGAUAAUAAUGUGUCUUUUGUAUCGUAUUUCUGAGGAUUUAUCACUCGCAACGUGUCGGAGUGUAACUUCACUCUGUCGAAUUUUUAUCGGCCGCAUCCUCCUAAAUUUACAUAAGCAUAAGCCUAUGGACAAUAACGCUAUUUAUGAAAAUGUCAUAUGAAUUCAUGACGCUGCAGUAAGGCAUCAAAGAACAUCCUAUCUCCGCCCAUUUACUAUUUUAAGAACGAAACUCUGUUUCCACGCCCGACGGCUUUUUAUAGUGUAGCAGCGCUGUGUUGUAUGCUAAGCUGCGAAGAUUUUAACUGUUUUUAUGAAAUGGUCAAGUCAGUGUUUACCACUGUAAAGCACUUUAAAGAAUUAGAUUGCUUUUGUAGUGCAUUUAUGAGAUCGUGUAUGCGUGUAACUGUGUUUAUAAAUCACAUUGACCAUCGACUUGACGCACACCUUGUUGUGAGAAGUGAAUUGAGAAUGUGUAUUGGCGCUUUUGGUACGCCAACUUCUUGGCAUUCAAUCCGUCUAUGCCAUUCGCUGUUCGGCCUGAGUAGAAAUAAAAACCAAGGAAGACUCCUUGUUUGUCAUCUA